AUGCCCAACGGUUACCAUGUGUAUGUCACCUCGCGGAUAACGUCUCAUGGCUUUGAGGGACAACAGUAUAUACCUGCGGGUCACUUCCCGUCAUUUCAGCUUGUGUCUCAUAACCACCACUUUUCACAUAUGACCCAUCCAGGAUACCAAGUACAUCAUGGCUCCCCCUUGCAGCAGGUGCUCAAGCGGUCGGUUCCCUCUUGGGUGACUAUCCCUCCGCAGUCGUCCCUACAGGGUUCAGUUCAAGCCCAGGCGGGACCGAGUCAAGGCAACGUUGCCAACAAUUCACGUGAACCGGAACAGCCUGAAUCACAGUCCAGAGAACUGUCACCACUUGAGAGUGGUCAUGACAUCGUGUGUGAUGCUUUAAUCGUCGGAGAAAUAGAAGUCACAGACGAAAACGCUCAAGAUCUCCUUCCCCUCGAAGCUCGCCUUUUUGUCGGAAAUAUACCAAGUGCUCUUUGUCCAACUCAGAUAAAGUUCGAGCUCAAGAGGAUCCUCGCCAGAUACGGAUGUUGUUAUGUCAAAGUGAAGACGAACCCUAAUUCUGGUUUGAGAACCGCCUUUGCGCAAUUCGAGACACCGGAGGUUGCGAACAGAGUCAUGCAAAAGAGCAAGGAUCAGCCAUCAGAAUUCGAUCUUCACCACCGCUCUCUCCGGUUCGAGAUGGCAAAAGGAAAAAGGGAAAUUUCCACUCGUACACGUUCCCGUGAAGUUUCCUCUCAACCGGACCCAUGCUCCACACGAGUGGAUGACACUGAGGGCAACGUCGAGCCCGCCCAUAACAUGAAUGCCGAGGGCAACGUCGAGCCCACCCACAGAAUCAACGGCGAGGGCAGAGUUGAGCCCCCGCAAGACAAUAGGGAAGUGGUCUCCGAAAGCGGCAAGUCUGCUGGGGAAUCCCGUGAGAGUUUCUAUAAUGUAGGGGCCAGAGGCAGCCACUCAGCUCCGUGCCUACCUCUCGCGUGGGAAGCCUCUGCAACGGCCUGA